AAUGGACGCAAGAACUUUGUCCAUUUUCUUUUUACUUCUAACGCCAGUUGUUAUUGAACCUUGGCAAACACUGGAUGCAAGGCCGAGUCAAGAAAUGCGAAGACAUUUUCACUACCAUUCAAAACGACAUAUGUUACCUCGGGAUAGUGGAAGGAAAAAGCACAUAACAACACAAAGAUCAAAAGAGUACAGAAAAAAGCCUUCAGGGCAUCUCAAACCACUUCAAGAAGAUGAUAUGGAAAACGAUGAAAUAGUCUCUGUAGCCAUUGGACCACCAGCUAUACGACCAAUAUAUGAUAAAAUGGUUAAAUAUCCGAACAAAACUUUUAAUCGUACUACAAAUUCUUAUGAAACUGCAGCGUCGAACCUCGUUAAAGAUGUUUUUGUUCAAAUAGGAAGAGAGUUCUUGACGCGUCAAGUUAAUGAAGAUUUUGUAUUCGGACAAUACGUUGGAAAUUCUAUGAGAAAUUUGACUAAUGAUUUGAGGCUAAAAAUGCAGCAUGAGAUUUUGGAUAUAAUAGUUAAAUAUCAAAAAAUAAAUCGUGAAACAGAUGUUAAUAUAGUUCAAACAACAACAACAGCUUCGCCUGAAGAAAAGUUUGCGAUGACCGUAUUAAAAGAUACACAAACUGAGAAGAAAACUGUAAACGAUACUGAAGAUGGCUGGCCUGAUUUUACCAAUUUAGCUAAGAUUGUAGGUUAG